AUGAAAGUAGCGUGUGUCGUACUGACCGUGUUUAUUCUAAUAGCUAUAAUGGCAGUCUGCAUAAUGGUGAAGUUCGCAACUGAGAUCACUUUGCAAGAAAAGAGGAGGGAUUACAUCAUAGGCGGUGGUGUUUACAACUUCGCCAGGUCAAUGGGAGUGAUCGCUUUGAGUGAUAAUACAUCUAAAGCCAUAUACGAAAGAUUUCCAUACGUCGCGGCCAUCACUAGGAACGCGUCAAGCACUUGGUCUUUUUCUUGCUUCGCCGCUGUUGUUCUUAGCAGAUGGGUGGUGACCUCUGCCCAUUGCAGACGUCACGGAGCUACACACAGGGUCUUAGUAUACAACGAUUUUAUAAGAAACUACACUCACACUUACCCGAUCCUCUUCUGGCGGUUGCACGAAAAAUUCAACUUAACUUACACUAUGCCGAAGUAUGAUAUUGCUGUGGCAAAGCUUAAUGUAGACCACAACCCUUUCCCGAUGAAAGCAGCUACAUUUGAUGAUAGACCCGCAGGAAAUUUCGUGGAGGCCAGCGUUUGGAAGACUGUGUCUACUAUGGACAAGAAAAUGUACCUCACGAAUGAUUUCGAGAAAAUCGAAGUAUUUAUAGUACCACAUGCAAAAUGUUAUGAGAAUUACGGGUUACCACUAGACGAGAGUCUUAUAUGUGUUGAUCUGUCUUACUACGAGGACUGUUUCAUACACGAAUUUGGACCUAUGUUCUUUGAAGAUAAGGUCGUUGGUGUUUUAGCAGUGAAACCCAGAGACUGUGAAAUUAGACUGGCGAUAUUCACUAACAUUUCCUACUAUUCUAAUUGGAUAUUAAAAUCCACACAUACCACUUAUUAUGGAUAG